AUGGAUUUCUAUACCAGAAGUGUUUAUGCUGCUGUUGCAAGAUUACAAAAUCCUGAUAUUAUAUCACCAAUUGAUGAUGAAUUAUAUUUAAUGCAAAGUGAAGUGUGUGUAGACCAUCUUCUUGAUAAACAUGAUAAUUGUUGGGCUGAAGUCUGUUGGAAGGCUCAAAAUCCAGAAAUUGACUUGGUUGAUACCAAUAUGAUUGGAUAUACUCAAAAUCAAGCAAAUAUUCUCAAAGAAUUUCUCAAAAAACAUACAAAACUUCUUUUAAAGCAGAGUCUAAUAACAACUAUACGAACUAGUAUCAAUGAAGCAUUUAAUCGUGUAAAAUUGAAUUACACUGAUAAAAAGGUGGAUUUUGCAAAAUCAUUUUCAGCACGACAUGGACUUGCAGUCUUACACAAUAAUAAUGAUCUUUUAGAAAUGUUAAAAGUCAUUAGACAAGCAGGAAAUCUUCCAGAAUUUUCUGAACAAGAUCAAAUAAAUAUUGAAAAAAUCUGGAAACAAAGAGAAAGCAAACGUAAAUAUAAUGUUGUAGAAAUCAAUAAAAAAAUGCUGCUCGAGUCAAAAAAAUUGCAGAAACACAAAAACAAAUGGAAGAAUUUGAUUUCUCAAAGGUUAAAUAAUUAUCGCGAGUUGCAACAAGAGAGUAUAGAAUCUUUUUUAAAGGGACAGGAUACCUUAACAAUUUUGCCAACAGGUGUUGGAAAAACACUUAUUUUUUCUGUUGCUAGUAUAUUAUCGAAAGCUUUAACAGUUGUUUUUAUACCCUUAAAGACCAUAAUGGAAUUUCAAUUACAUGAACUUGUGGGAAUGGGCAUACCUGCUGCUGCAAUAUUUGCUGCUUUAGAUCAAUUCUUAGAAGUACAGGAAAAAAUUUUUGGUGAAAUCGCAGCACGUAUAACAAAAGUUUUGUGGACUACAUCUGAAAAGUUUGUUAAUAGUUCAAGAUUUCGUCAUUUUUUACAUAAUGUAUAUAAAACACGUGGCAUACAAUUUGUUAUUGAUGAGUCUCAUUGUGUUCUAGAAUUUGGACAAUUUAGACCUGCAUGGGCAGAAUUAGGACAAGUAAAGAAUAAAUUUCCAUCAGCACCGAUUCUAUUAUUGACCGCAACUUGCUCUUAUCAGGGAGCAUCAGAGCUUGCGACAAUUUUGCAAAGACCAAAUCUGAAAAAGGCUAUUAUAAAAGCAGUAUAUGAGAAUUUAAAGCAAAUCUCUGAGGGUCGAGCAAUUAUAUACUCAUCAACUCCAGACAAAUGUAUAGAGAUUUUCAAUGACCUUAAAGAAUGCAUAGAUCCUAAACGACUUGAUAUCUAUCAUGGAAAAAUGCACAGUGUUGAUCAGAAAAUGACUAUACAGGUAGGACGAGCUGGAAGAGAUGGACAAUUAGCUAAAAGUGUAGUUUUGUAUUCAUGCGCAGAUAUUCGUAGAUUACUAAUGAUUGUUAAUGGAAAAAUAGAAAGUGCCAAUGAGCCUAAUAUAGAUGCUGAAAUAAGUGAAUUCAUCUCUUUUGAGAUUAAACGUCACUAUGCUCAUUUAAACAGAUCGAAACAAAAUAUAUUUGCAAUGGCCUAUACCUUCGAAGACUUAUAUCAAUGCUGCUGGAAAAUGGCAUAUGAGCCAUUCAGGUGGAUAGAGGAUUCUGAAAUCUCUGAGUAUGGUAUUUGUGAUAAUUGUGAAAGACGCAUUGCAAAAGAAGUCGUAUGGUGUGAUAUUCGUAGAGAUUUGCUUCAGAUUUUAGAUACAGUUAAUAGACUGAUAGAAUUUGCGAAUAAUCUGACAACACGGUUGGUCAAUUUUGGAUACGAAGACAUUGCAGAUGUCUUUAUGAAAGCUGACAACAAAAAUACACGUGAGAAAAAUUUGACUUCUUUGUGGGUAAAUAGAAAUAAGGAUGAUAUGGAAGAUGACACUGAAGAAUCAUUUAUUAAUACAAAAAAUGCAUGUUUACACGCUAUUGACAGGCUUUGUGUAGAAGGAUUGUUGGUGCAAAAGGUAGCAAUCAAACCGUUGCGACCAGAUUCUUCGACAUUUGUAUAUACCUCUAGCAUCUCCGAGAUUGCUGCUGGGGCAAGACAAAAAAUAGCAGAAAAUUCAUGGCUCGAG